GAUAUUGCCUAAUUGACAGAUAAUUGUGUGGUUUGUUUUUCCGACGAAUUUCGCAGAAAAACCCUGUCUCGAGGUGAGCUGCCCCAAAAAAAAGUACUAGUCUAAUCCAGUUGUGAGCAGUGUGAGGAUGGAGAGGCGAUUGUCAUCCACCAGCGAGGCGACAAUCAACUUCGCCACAGACAAGUAUCCUUUUUGCAUUGUCUGGACACCCAUUCCAGUCCUCACCUGGUUCUUCCCCUUCAUCGGACACAUGGGUAUUGCCAUGUCCAAUGGUGUUAUAAGAGACUUUGCUGGUCCCUACUUUGUCUCCGAGGACAAUAUGGGCUUCGGACGACCCACCCGGUACCUUAUCCUAGAUCCCUACUGUGUCCAGGGCGGACCACAUGAGUGGGAUGAGAGUGUGUCCAAAGCUUCCGUGGUCUACGGUACCCGGAUGCACAAUCUCUUCUGUGACAACUGCCACUCUCACGUGGGCAUGGCCCUGGCACUGAUGAAGUACAGAAAUCGCACCAGCUGGAACAUGGUUGUCCUGGCCUUCUGGAUGUUCUUCUGCGGGAAGUAUGUGGGCGUCGGCGGGGUCAUUAAGACCUGGCUACCUUUUAUCAUAAUAUGCAUCAUAUGUGCUCUUGUGGCGUACUAUCUGUGAAUUCCUGACCACACUUAUCUCAAUGUCGCCGUGGAAACUUUCAUUCGUUCCCCCUUUAUUUUUUUUCUUUAUCAUCAAUUGGAAAUCAUUGUUAAUCAUCCUCAUUGGACUGUCAGAGAUUUUCAUUAUAUUUACAUAGCUCGUCGCUAUCUUUCUCACCUCACUCUCACUUAAUUACGAUAAUAUCUAUCAUGUUAUUUAUUUCUACAACAAACACCAAGAGGAAGCAAGAAAAGAAGAAAAAAAAAACAUCGGGCGUAAAGAAAAAAAUGCUAGAACAAAAUUCUAUAUACUGAUAAAAAGUCAAAAAGUAGCAUUUAUCAUCGUAAAAGUGGUAUAAAAUAUACUAAUUCAUAUUGUUUUAUAGUUUUAGUGAACAUCCAAACAGUGAAAAAUAAGUUUAUGUACAUUAAACUGAUUUAUGUAUUCAGGACUUAUUAUUUUUGCUUAGAUAAGUACGAAGAUCUUUGUGUUACCACAGGUUGAGAUUUUUAACAGCAAAAUUGUUUAUAGAUUUUGCAAAAUUUAAACGCUCAAAGUGACUGAAAUCAAAACAAGAGUGACUAAAAGAAGAAAUUGUAUUCCAAUUUUUGGCCCAACAAUUUGAUUAUUUAAGAAAAGUUUUAAAUAAAGUGUUUAAUUUGAAAA